UAGUGAUUAUGAUUAAAAAAUGAAUAUCAAAUGAGAAAAAACAAUACAGUUUCUGUGUUCCCGAGUCCUUACUGACAGAAAAAAAAUGUGGUGUAGGCAUGAAAGAUACUUCCAGAUGAAAUACAUUAGUUCGAAAGUCGUGCUGAGUGUCACGAAAAAAAUGUAAAUUUCGUGUCCAUGUACACAAGUCUAUAGAUUACAUUUUGUGACUAUUUCACAAACUGCCGUGAGACUUGGUUGCCACCUCACAUUGUGGGGAAUUUACUUGAAAAUGAAAAAAUGUCAUUAUCUACAGUACUGUGCAAAAGUUUUAGGCACUAAAAGUAAAGUGAAUAUGCUCACAAAAAUAAUGCUGUAAAUUGUUUUUCUUUAUCAAUUAAAUUCAUACAAAGUUCAGUACAGAAAAAAAAAACCUUAAUUAAAUCAAUAUUUGCUGUGACCAAGCUUUUUGGCAGGUGGGUUGUUCCAAGCAUUCUGGAGAAUUUGCCACAGUUCUUCUGUGAAUUUAAGCUGUCUCAUUUCUUCUUUCUCUCAAUGUGAUCCCAGACUGACUCCAUGAUGUUGAGAUCAGGGCUCUGUGAGGGCCAAGCCAUCUGUUGCAGGAUUCCUUGUUCUUCGAAUCACUGAAAAUAGUUCUUUAUGUCUCUGGCUGUAUGUUUGGGGUCAUUUUCAUGCUGCAGAAUAAAUUUGGAACUGUUCAGACACCUCUGGUAUUGUGUUAUGGAUAUGAAUCUAAACAUCUAAAGUGCCUAAGACUUUUACACAGUACUAUAUAUUCAUGUUUGAAAUAUUUAAUUGUCAUGAUAGUUAAUAGUUUAAUUCAAUUUUUGUAAUAAUUACAUAGCUUUGUUAUGGGGUUUGGGCUAUAUAUAUCAUAUCUGAAGUAAACAUGGCAGUCGACUAUAGUGUGAAUCACACUCCUGUGGUAUUGAUGUUUUUGUCUUUUAAGGUAAAGGUAUCCCAUUCUGGGCCAUCAAAAACAGCAGGGGGGAGGAUUAUGGAGAGCAUGGUAUAUUCAUGAAGAGCAGAGCAUCAUGGUCUCUGGCGGAAGUCAGCAGGGGUCCAGUUAAGAAAACCAGCGACGAAGCCAACGUGUCACCCACAUGUAUCCCAUGUUGGUGUUGUCCUGCGCUGGAGUGACCUGGUUGGCCACAGGAUCGAGUUCAUUGAUAUCUUUGGUGAAAAGCUUGAUUAUCUUCAUCCCGUGACGCACUUGAAUGCUGGCGAGGGAAACUGAAGCUCACCAUUUAUAAUGUCACAGGCCACCAAACGCAAACAUGUUGUCAAGGAGGUUCUUGGAGACUUUGUCACGCCCACAGAGAACCAGCAGAUUGUGAAGGUUAUCAGUAGCCGUGGUAACAACCUCCAUGAGACUGUCACGGCUCAGGGUGAGACCUUCCUUGUGAGCAUGCCCACCAAGUUUCGCAAGAACAUCUGGAUCAAGAGAGGUGACUAUGUGAUUGUGGAUCCUAUUGAAGAAGGUGAGAAGGUGAAGGCAGAGAUCAACUUCAUUCUCUAUAAAGAUCACAUUCAGUACCUGCAAAAACAGCAGCUCUGGCCAGAAGGUUUUAAUGAGGAGCCGCCAGCGCAAGACAAAACAAACAAACAGCAAGACGAGGAGAAAGACGAGGCAGAGGACGUUAGCGACUCUGAGGACGAUGAGAGUGAUCUGUUUGUGAACACCAACCGCUGUAACUACCAGUACAGCGAGAGCGAGGAGGAGGACAGUGAAGAUGAGGACGAAGAGGAAAGGACAGAAAAUGGUUCAUAGAGGGAUUGUGAAGGCACAGACAAUCGAGAGAGAGAGAGAGAGAGAGAGAGAGAGAGAGAGAGAGUUGUGAAAAUCAUCUGACAGUUUGCUCGUCUGAGCUGCUGUUAUCACUGACUGAUGUGAUGAUGUUCACAGACGUUCACUGUGAUGUAACAGCUUCCUCUGAAGUUCUUAUAUGGCAGCCAGUCGGGGACAUGAAACGACUGGGCUCAUUGAACGAGCUCAUUCUUGAUGUUUUUUUAAAAAGGAGGGGGGCGUGUGUGACUCCCACACCAGACUUGAACUUAAUGGAAAUAAAUAAGUCGUUCUUGUAAAAGUGAUUCCAAAAAUCUGUAAUGUUGACUGACAUUGAAGAAGUAACUAGUGAUUUUCAUGUCAAAUUUAAAUUCUGCUGCAAAAUUUCCACUUUUUUUCCCCCAUUUUCUACGACAAACUAAAGCAUGUUUAUAUAUUGACCUUCAGUGGAGCCAUGACUAUAUAACCAAACAUUUCUUAUCUAUGUAACAUAGUUGAUAACAAUCAAACUCUCAAUUUUCCUUGCAUAUACAUCACAGAGUAGAGAACAUUUGCUGGGUAAUAUUGAUCAAUUCCUCCUCCUUUAUAAAACAAACUAAAUGUUUUAAAGUCAGAUAAAAUAUAUCACUAAAUAAUUGUUAUCAACACUGACAAAAUACAGGUUUGUAUCUGAUUGUUGUUUCUGGUAUUGAGAUAGUAGUCCAGGGAGUGGCUGGAAUUUAAACACCGUACCAGUUUUACCAGUCUUCUGAUAAACAGAGCUGCAAAUUGGUGAGUUGGCACCACCCUUUCACACAAUGCCUUGUAUUGCUGAUUGUAUUGAUUUUAUUUUCAAAUGAAUGCUGCCGACACCAUUGAUGAUUUAGUUUGUCAUAAGUAAGUGAAGGUCUUUUCAAAUUUCUCAAAUGCCUCAUAAUUUAGUGACAUUCCAUACUCAGUUGCUGAUGCUUAUGCACAUUUUUGAACUGUGAAGUCAUCAUUUGGACAUUAAAUCCUCCUGUCUUCCAAGAAUAUCAAUGUGAACGGGAUGUUCUGUCUUGAAAAUAUUUUCAUUUCUCCAUACUAAUAUUUUUAGCCAACAUAUACAGUAUAUAACAUUAGAUUCUUCCUUUAAAACAUAACUAUUGCACAUAGAGGUUGUAUUGAUGUAUUUUAAUAUUUAAAAAGUCUACCUGUAGGACAUUUUAGUUAAAACACUCAAAACAAGAAGCUCUACAUAAAAAUAUUCAUAUAAAAUAACAUUUGCAAAACAUUUACAGUUAAGUCAGCUCAUGGAGUUAAUAGACUGUUCGUAGUUAAAAGCUCUUGAACAACAACAGCCCAUUCUGCUUCCCAGAGGGCAUUUUCUCCUGGCUCAGGUGAAACCACAUCAGUAUCUGUCAGAGAUUCAGAAAGCUGCAAACUCCAUCUGCUGCUGCUUGGCACCAGCCAGUGUUUGAAUUAUCAAGUUAUGAAGUCAUCAUUUCUGACGCACAUUAAAGCUGAAUAUCCUACCCUCUGUCUGUCAAUACAUACUGAAGACCACAUCACCCUUCCCGACCACACGCCUUUGUGGAGCAGGUUUCUCUUUUGCUGUUUGUCUGCCACAAAAACAGUAUGUACGGAACAGAAAGGAUGUAGGAAACAUAUUCCCAUAGUAUUUUUUCCUCGUGAUGACAAAUUAGUUAUGAAGAAACAAAUGUGUUUAAAGGUUCUGCAUUUGUUUUCACACUAGCAUGUCACUGGGGAGUCUUUAAUAGUUGCUUAAGCAAAGCAGGAUGCAGAAAAGUCCAACGGGCUCAUGUCAGGGAAAGGCAGGUCAUUACAAAGUUAUUUUCACAGAAAUAAAACAGUGUACUGAUAUACUGAUAUCUUAAUGCCAUAUGAAAGAACCAGGAAUACUUGACAGCAAUGUACAAUCAUAGAUUUUACAACUGGUUUUCACAGUUUUACAUAACAAACGUAACUGGAGUGGAGCCAGACUUCUCACUUUAAAAAAAAACACUGGAAGCUGAUUGGCUGGAAAACAGCAGCUCAUCUAACCAAGAUGAUGUAAACAUAUGGAGCAGUGACCUUUCCAGUUUCAACACUGUAAACUGGUUCAACCAGUGUAGAUUCAAACUCAUCUCAACAAUGACUUUGUUUAGCAGUUUCAUUGAUCAUAUAGCUAUACUUUCUGUACAUAGAGUCAGUUAUUUGAAGACGUUAAAAUGUUGAAAUUACUUCUUUAAUUUCUCUGUUGUUUUUUCUUUAUAUCAUGUAAUAUAAGGUGGCCCACUUUGCCAGUAGUGCCUGUAAAAAAGUGGUCUCAGGACAUAUUGUGCUCUAGAUGGAGUCAUUGAUUAUGUGUUUGAUUAUUCUUUAUUUUUUCUUCUGUAUAUUGUAAUAAACGGUUUAAUGUUUAUAGAACUGUAUCAAGUUGGGAGUUAAGGCUUUGGGAUGUUUCAGUAAAUUGUUCCAGAGUGCAAAUUUUCAGAAAGUGUCCCACUUUAACAAUUCUCACUCU